AUGGCAAAUCGUGGCCGAAGUCAAGUAUGGGAGUAUUUCACAAAAGGCCCAUCAAAUACAAUCACAUGCAACAUCUGUACAGCCUCUGUGAGCCAGGGAUCUGGCAGCCUCAAAUUUAAAAAUACAUCCAACUUGUGGGCACACCUUAAAUCAAAACACCAAGACAUCUACCAAAAAGAUGCACAGCCUCAAGUUCAACUUCCAACCACAACAUUGACACAGCCAACCCUAAAACAAGUGUUGGAGAAAACCAUAAAAUGGACUCCAAAUGAUCCAAGAACUGAAGAAAUGGACAAACUCCUGAUGGAGAUGAUAGCCACUGACAUCCUGCCUUUUUCAGUUGUUGAGGGUGCAGGGUUUAAAAGGGUUAUGGCCAAGGCAGAGCCCAGAUACCCAUUAAAAACAGAGAAAUUUUUCCGUGCAAAGAAGAUGGACGAGAUGUAUACAGGAGUCGUCAGCAAAAUACAGAAACUGCUGUCAGUUGAAAAUGCAGGAAAGAGCAUUUCCUUUACCACUGACUGUUGGUCAGGUUCAAACGAAGCACUCAUGAGCUUGACUGCUCAUUUCAUUGACAAGAAUUGGAAAAAGGUCCAACUUGUCUUGAAUGUUAAAUCCUUGACACAGUCCCACACAGGACAGUACAUUGGAGAGACAUUUCUGUCCAUGCUUCAGGAAUGGGAAAUUGAUGUGGAGCGGGUCAUGCUUGUGCUCAGGGACAGUGGGGCAAAUAUGGUGAAAGGCAUGCGCCUUGUUGAGAUGCCAGACCUGAGCUGCAGUGCUCACAUACUGCACCUGGUUAUAAAUGAUGGCCUCAGUUCCCAGAGAGUGGUGGUGGACAUUCUGGCAAAGCUCAAGAAAAUUGCUACACACUUCCACCACUCUGUUACGGCAGUACAACGCCUGUCUAAAAUUCAGGAGGAGCUAGGUGUCCCACAGCAUUCUAUCAUACAGGCAAUACAGACAAGGUGGAACUCUACACUACACAUGUUGGUGAGGAUGCUCGAACAAAAAAGAGCCAUCACUGCAUAUGCUAGCGACCAUGGACAUUUCUCAUGUCUGUCAGCAGAGGAAUGGUCCAUUGCAUCGAACCUGGCAGAGACCCUUGGACCACUGGAGGAGGUGACACUGGAAUUCAGUAGAGCAGACUCAUCCACAUCCUGCAUUCUACCAUGCACAGUAGUGUUGCACCGUUUACUGGAGUCAGAGGGACCAACCACCAGGGGUAUUCAAACCAUGAGAAAAACCAUGCUGAAUAGCUUGCAGAAAAGGUUUUCAAAAGUGAAGGACUCUAAAGAGGUGGUGCUUGCCUGUGUCCUUGACCCACGAUACAAAGAGCGUCCUUUGGUACCAGAAAUGCUGACAAAAGUGAAAACCUGGUUGGAAGAGGCUAUGGAGACCAGUCCACCAGAUUCUGCCACUGAAACUCCAUCUGAGGAGAGCGACCCCAAAAGGCUGAGAACAGAGGACCAAGUACCCAGUCUCUUAGACUCACUUUACAACACUGUGCUCCUUCCUUCAACCGGUGAGGCAGUGGAACCAGAGGGGAUAAUCGAAGAGCUUCAACGGUACCUCAGAGAGCCUGUCAUUGACAGAAAGAGUGGAAAUCCAUACGAUUGGUGGAAACACAACACCAACCGUUUCACCAGACUGUCAGCCUUAGCAAGGCAGUACCUCUCCUGUCCACCCUCCUCUGUGGCGAGCGAAAGAGUGUUCAGCACCAUAGGGAAUAUUUAUGAGGAUAGGCGAAGCUCUUUGAAAGGAGAGAAUGCAGAGAAACUUUGCUUCUUGUACUACAACCUGCCUCUGCUGGACUGGAGCUAUUGAGGACUGACUGUUUUCAGUUCAGUUUAUAUUUGCCUUUUUUAUUUAUCAGAAGUUAUUGAACUUAACAGAAUAUUUUUUUCCAGUCUUGUUCAAAGUUAUAUUUAAGAAGCUUACCAAGUCUAUUGAUACUUGUUAUUGUGUUUUUGUUCUAAGCACUUUAUUCAUCAGAACUUUAAUAUAUUUUGAUGUUCUUUUCUGUUGUGCCAAUAAAACAAUAAAAUAAAGUUUAUUUUUAAACUGCAUUACCUUAUUAUUUUA